UGAAAUAGAAAAUUUUUGGUGAUUUGUCUCAAUGGAUAAUAUUCUACGUAUCAAACAACUGACGAUUCCUUUGAGUCCAAAAGAUUCCGAAAUAAAUGCUUUUGUAGAAAAGGGUUACCUAAUUGGGAAGAAAAUUGGUCAAGGUUCAUAUGCUACCGUACAUUUAGCCGAUUAUGUCGAUACCACUAAAACUAACCCGAAGAAAGUACGUCUGGCCUGUAAAAUAUUUGAUAAAAAAAAGGCUUCGAAGAAUUUUUUGAAUAGAUUUUUAACUCGUGAGCUGGAAAUACUCGCUCAAAUUAACAACAAAUAUAUCAUUUCUUUACACAGCAUUUUACAGAGAGACACCAGAGUUUUUAUUUUUAUGGGAUAUGCUGAGAACGGUGACCUUUUGGACUACAUUCACAGAAAUGGUCCAAUACCUGAAAAUCAUGCUAGACUAUGGUUCAAACAAAUGAUUUGCGGACUUCACUAUCUCCAUGGAAUAAACAUUGCACACAGAGACUUAAAAUGCGAUAAUAUACUUUUAUCUGCAAAAUUCAACAUUAAAUUAGCUGAUUUUGGUUUUGCAAGAUUCUGCGUAGAUUCUCGAAAUAAAAAAAUACUUAGUGAUACUUACUGCGGUUCUUCAACUUAUGCAGCACCUGAAGUAAUCAUUGGUACACCCUACGAUCCAAAAUUAUCUGAUGUUUGGUCAUUAGGAGUCAUAUUAUUUGUCAUGCUUAAUACCACCUUGCCUUUUGACGAUAUAAGUUGUGUGGAUUUGGUACAUAACCAAAUGACUAAAAAUUGGGCUUUCCAAUCAAGAGUAAGAGAUAACCUAUCAAAAAUGGUCAAAUCCUUGGUUCGUCAUAUUUUGGAACCAAAUAUAAAUAAAAGAUUUACUUUGGAAAAUAUUAGAAAACAUGAGUGGUUAAAACUGCACAAAGAAAAGUCAUCUACACCUGCUCAACUGUUGAAUAAAUCCAAAAAACAGAAAAAAAGAAAGUAA